AUGGCUGACUGGGUCGUGACUAAGGUAAAAGGGCAUCUUGAAAAGUUGUACUCAGAGUUGGACGAAAUCAAUGCAGAGGAGAAGAUAAAGAUAGAAGAAGUAGCUAAGAUUAGAGCAUUACAUACGACAAAGCUAAAAGAAGCGAGGGUUUUGUCGGCCCGUUUGCACCAGCUCCAGGAACAGCAAAUUGCACUCCUUCAGAGGGAAAUUCACGCAAUCCGUUCAAUGCCAGGUUAUGCCGAAAAUGACACGACUGUUAGAAAUGACCAACCUGUUGAGAGUAUUAUCGAGGAGGACAGGUGUGGUGCUGUGGCUGUUUGUGGUGCUGAUGAUGAUGAUGAGGAUGACGACGAUGAAGAUAAUGAGGAUAACGAAGAUGCAGAAGAUGAAGAUGAUGAACAUGGGGAUGAGGACGGGGGUGCAGCUGCUGAAGAUGAUUCUGAAACUGGUCAUGGAGGGCGCUGGUCUUCUGGCUCUGAUGAUGAUGGAGGUGAGUAUCCCGCUUAUGAUGACGACAUCGGCACAGUCGAUUCAGAUGCUUACAGGCGGCCUAAUCCUACCAGCUUUUACGAUCCUUGGGAUUAG